CACCUGUGUCGCAGUGUGUGUCUUCUCGCGGCUCUCUGGCUGUGGGAAGGUGGUCCUGGUCGAAAACACCGCACAGAAAAGCGACCGACGGGGCAACUUUGCGUGUUUUUGUAGAGUCCCUUCAUCCUCAAAACAGACCAUAAAAGUGCGGAAUUGAGCCAAAAUGUUGCUGACAAAGGAAGUGAUGGGUUUGACCUGUUUGUCAUCGGGAAUAAAGUUGGGAAACUACGAGGUGAAAAUGGAGAGCCCAGCUGAGUGAGAGUGGGGUGAGGAGGCUGGAUUUGGCAGAAGUUGGGAGUCCUGCCCUGCUGCUAGCAGGCUAGUUAGCAUGCUUAAACACUCCGCUAUCUCGGAUAAGGAAUGAGAGCUUCCCUCCACUGUUCUCCAGCCUGUGAUUCUCCAGGGGAGCUGCUUUAUCUGACCGCUGCUGACAAUGCAGCUUCUCCCAAUGGAUCCAAGCACAGCUGAUGAUCUUAUUUUCUGCGGAUGUUUUGACUGAAUCUUUCUGCAAAAAGACCACCACAUUUAAACCUGUUUUUAAAGAGCCCCUCUCUCUCCUCAGCCUGUCACUCAUUUUCGUACCGUGAGCCUCCAUACUAACUGAUUUUAUCUCAGACAUUCAUCAUAUUAAGCCAUCAGAGAUGGGGCCCUGGUAGGUUCUUCAAGGGGCUUUAGGUGCCCCCCUGCCUGCCGACUGUGCAGCCUGGCUGCGUGUGUGAGACCCACCGGCAGGGGCCCCCGUAAAAGAUCUUGUAACAAAAAGCAAACCAGCAAUACAGCACUUGCUGAUGGAGCCGAGACACAACGUGCUUGCCCAAAAUAUAUUCAUGAACUCUUGGACUUUUUAAACUGGACUUAAGUGGAUGUAUCGGGUGUAAUCAUGAACUCUGACUGCUGAUGCCAGCUCAUCGGGACCUGAGUGGGUGUAAUCAGCUUUAUUCAUGAGCCCUCUUGUCUGAGUCUGGGUAAAGCCUGGAUGUUGGAUGCCCUGAGUGUGUUGAAUCAGCUGUUGCGGUGAUGAGGCAGGGCUCCUGGUGGCCUGUGAGGCUGACGGGGCAGUGGCCCAAGGUGAUGUGAUGGGGUGCAGGAACAGUAAGGUCCUCCCUGAGCCUCCAGGGGAUGUUCAGUUGGACCUGGUCAAAAAGGUUGAUCCUCCCCCACCUCCUCAGACAGAUAUCUAUAAGCACUUCAUACGAGGGGAUGGCACUAGGAGCAAGAUGGGUGUGGCCAGUGGAGGGGGAGGAGACAAGGCUGACUCCACCUCCCCGUAUCAGGCCCAAGCUGCCACUCCCACGGCUUCCGCCCACCCCCCCAAGGACCCGUCCGAACUGUCGGACCCUCAGCGGAAGAAGGUGGCAAAAUACCGAGCCAAGUUUGACCCCCGGGUCACAGCCAAGUACGACAUCAAAGCUCUGAUAGGUCGCGGGAGUUUCAGCCGGGUCGUUCGCGUGGAGCACAAGAGCACGCGGCAGCCAUACGCCAUCAAGAUGAUCGAGACCCGUUACCGGGAGGGGAGGGAGGUGUGUGAGUCUGAACUGUGCGUUCUGCGCCGUGUCCGUCACACCAACAUAAUCCAGCUGAUGGAGGUCUUUGAGACGGCGGAGCGUGUCUACAUGGUCAUGGAGCUGGCCACUGGAGGAGAGCUCUUUGACCGGAUCAUUGCCCGCGGCUCCUUCACAGAGCGGGACGCCACGCGGGUGCUACAGAUGGUGCUGGACGGCGUCAAGUACCUCCACACUUUGGGGAUCACUCACCGAGACCUGAAGCCAGAGAACCUGCUCUACUACCACCCUGGGGCCGAUUCCAAGAUCAUCAUCACUGACUUUGGUUUGGCCAGUAGCAGGAAGAAGGGGGACGAGUGUCUGAUGAAGACCACCUGCGGCACGCCAGAGUACAUCGCCCCGGAAAUCCUGGUGAGGAAGCCCUAUACGAACGCUGUAGACAUGUGGGCGCUGGGGGUGAUAUCGUACAUCCUGCUGAGCGGAACUAUGCCCUUCGAGGACGACAACCGCAUGAGGCUCUACCGGCAGAUCCUCAAGGGGAAGUACAGCUUCUCUGGAGAGCCGUGGCCCAGCGUGUCCAACCUGGCCAAAGACUUUGUGGAGCGGAUUCUAACGGUGGACCCCAGCGAGCGGCUCACAGCUGGCCAAGCCCUCAAGCACCCCUGGAUUGUCAGCAUGGCUGCCGCCUCCUCCAUGAAGAACCUGCAGCGCUGUAUAUCUCAGAACCUCCUGAAGCGGGCGUCCUCACGCUGCCACAGCACCAAGUCGGCCCAGUCUACUCGCUCCAGCCGCUCCACCAAAUCCAACAAAGCCCGGCGGGUGAGAGAGAAGGAGCUGCGCGAGCUGAAUCGGCGAUAUCAGCAGCAGUACAACGGCUAAAACGGGGGCCGUGACCGCCGACGACUGUAGUAGACUGCUUUUGGAGGGGAAACAGCACUACAGUGACUGACCUUUUACAAUGACUACCACCAUUCGAAGUUGCUGCCAGUGUUAGAGGCCAAAAUGGCUUCAUGUCCCAAAUCAUUGCCUUAAAAAAGUGGACAAUAACGUGACUUAAUCCAUGACUAAGGUUGACAGCUGCCAGUUGAGACUAUAGUCAGAAAUGAUCAUGAAGACAAUGUAAUCUAUGAAUUCCUAUGGCAGCGUGUCUCCUGAUGAGCACAGAAAAGGACACACCAGUAAGGUUUUGAAGUGUUACAUCAUCUCUCCAUCCAUUCCUUCACUUUCACUCUGGCAGGAUGGUGCCUUUCACUCCUUUUGCUUUUGUUCUUUCAAUCCCUGUGUCUCUACAUAUUUAUUUAUUAUUGUUGACAUGAUUAUUAGUCUCCAUUCAAAUGGUCACUGGAUAAUGACCUUCCACGAGGAUCUGUUGAACAGAGUUCUGGGUACUGAAGUUUGUAAGAAGAAAGGGAUACUUUAAGAAGAGGGGAAAACAAAUUCCCCUCACUCAUUCCUGAUUGAAAAUUGCUGUGAAUUUAUUGUUGUACUAAUUGUACAGACCUUGUCUUUAAGAUGUGGGUUUCGGAAACACUGCAACAACAACCACACACUUAUAGGUCAAAAUUAAGGCGUAUUUUUUGUUAGUCAGUUCUAAGCUUAUCUAAUCUUGCCAUUGUUGCUCCGGUAAUAUCAUCGUUCUAAAGCUGUCAAAAGAUUGUGAAGCUGUUUUGUGUCAGUGUUAAAUCCUAAAUGUAUUGUACCAGACAUUAGGCCACACAGCCCCUCUCCCAACAAUUUAUUAGAUCAGUAGAUUGACUCAUGAAGUACCUGCUAUGAUCCCUUCCUGUUGUAGAGCACUAUUCUAAUAAGUCACUAGGGUUCGAACCCUUUUGUGUUUGUGCAUGUUUAUUAUGUGUUGCAAAAGCUCAAAUUGCCUUGAGCUGGAAUGAGCUAGAACCAGGCCCGAUAAGCGGUAACGAUGUGUACGCGCUUCCCAAGAAAUAUCAGCCCAGUCAACCAGAUGGUGGUGCUGUAAUGCCCAAUAAUUUACAUCGUAAGUCUGAUUGACUAGAAAUUGCAGUGAAAAAAACUGAAAACCAGUAAUAUGAAUAGAACGAAAGAAGGAUUAUCACUGUAUAAACACCAUACUGGGUACACAGCAUUACGCGAGGUCAGUCAAAAAACAUGGCAUCCAUCAAGAAUGUGUUCGCAAAGGGCAGGCCGAAGCAUUUUAAACUCGACCCAUAGAGGGGGCCACAAACGUAAAAAAACGGUAGGCUAGAAUUUCACAAAUUGGGGACGAGUAUUAACACAAUCUGAAGGGCCAUUUUGAGUGGUACGAGUGUGCGUGGCCUCUUACAUAUUUGUCCAUAACUCAAAAUGUCUUUGAACAAUCCCGAUGAAACUGGAGACUUUUAACAGAAUCGAACUAGCCAAAGUGACUUUGCUCGGCAUUGUUAAGCUUUGAUUUUUGCCGAUUGAGCUGCAUCAACAUGAUGAGCGAUAUUUGUCUUUAAAACGGUAUGUGGUCAUUUAGGGCGUGGUUUUACAGUUUCAUUGUUUAUUACAGUGGGAGUGGCACACGUAUGCAACAUUGACAGCAAAGAUCUUUGUUGUAGAGAGCUGCCUCCGGUUGCACUAGCUCUUUGAAAGUUCGGAGUUGGUUAUAACAAAAGUGUAGGUGGAGAUUUACACGUCACCAAAUUAAAAUGGGUUGCACCACACAAAGCAGUUCUACAAAUUGUUACUAAAUAUUUACUACAACCUGUUCGUAGCUAACUGAACCCACCGACAAAGCUAACAUUAGCUUGCUAAUAUCUGGCGCGUAUAGAUUGAAGAGGUGUCUGAAGACUUAAAAUUACAUUUCACAUAAAUAACACGUUAUACCUUAAUUUACUAAAUGUUGUGCCAAAAAUGAUGGUAAUUUUAGCUAGGUUAGCAUAAUCGCCUCUUUGUCACUCAUUCAGAACUGCAUAAACACUGCUAACUCAGAAACAUGAAAUAUAAAAUAAAACAAUGUGAUGCCUACAGUCACAAUGGCUGUUAAGUUUAAGAUAGUUUAAGAAAGCUGUCCCUUUUGGAAGUUAUGCUACAGCUUGUGAUGCUACAGCGAGUAGUAUCACAAGUGUGCUACCAGAUUAAGUAAAUCACUGCUCUUAAACAAGCUGUUUGUUACAAUAACUUAUGAACUCACUUGACUCACAAACUCAUUAAUGGAUUUAUGAAUAGCAGGUGCAACCCAGGCACCUACCUACCAUGAGAGUCCUAACAUGUUUUCUAGCUAGCCUCUAUUCCACGGACAUUUGUUUCUCAGUGGGUUUUCUCAGAAGAACAUACCGCAACAUAUCAGCCAUCGGCAUGCUGUCACAGUAAUUGUUUCUCAGUUAAAGUUUUACUAGCCAUCGUCAGGGGUAGUAGAUAGCCAUUUGGCGCAGAAUAUGGAGAGAAAAUCCAGGAACAUGAUUCUGUUAGUGGAACAGAGGCUAACCAGGAGAGGGUCGACGUCAACAUUUCAGCUUCCAUCGGUUGCGAUGUACAGUAGCUGUGGCAGGUUGUGGAGAGCCUGCAGAAACACAACCAUCCUAAAUCUGUAUACUACUCUCAUGAAAUGAAGGAACAUUGUGAGAAGCAUGUAGAUGUGAAUCAAAUGACCGUUAGUAUGUAUGAUUUAUAAAAGAUUCUGAAUUACAGAACCACGCAACCAAUGCAAUCUUAUGCACAAGUUUUCUUAAGAUUGGUUCGUAAGUGCACUUAAAUCUGAAUACAGUUAAAAGGCUUGCUUAGAGAUGAGGUCUUGUUUAUGAAAUCCACAGUAUUGAUAGUAAAAUAGGUUGUAGCUCUCUUAUAUUCUGCACUGUUUUAAUUCUGCCUUUUUCAGUCUGAUUCAUAACUAGUCCAAUGCAGUCCAAUAUAUAGUGUGGAUGGUGGGCUUCCUUGCAGUAGUAAGGUUUUGUGACUUCUGCAUUACUCAGAGCUGUUGAUGUUAUAGCAAUAACCUGAAAUGAGAGUAGACUAGGGAUUUUGGUUUUUGUCAUAUUGUAUAAUUGAAAUGGUAAAAUGCUGCAUUACAGUAAAGGGAAUUUUCUGAACUUAUUAAACAGUGCAAGCAAAGUGAAAUGAAUAAUAAAUGCGACUGAUUGUUUGGCCAUCCUAUGUUUAAAUCAUGUUUAAAUGAUUGAUUGCGAAUAAUUCAUCCCCAACAUGGUCAAAAAUGUGAUAUUUGAUUAAUGAAUACUUCCCAAAGAUAGCACAACUUAAAGCUUCAGAAAGUUCCUCUGAGCUUCAGACUUCUUUUAUCUGACAAAGCACUUGAUCUAUACAGUUAAAUUUAAUUUUCCUCUGCUUUUUUUAUGUAUUUUGUCCCUUCAGAGUAAAUCAGUUGCUACAGUGUGGUCUUUUCUUCUUUAUAUGAGCAUUUUGCUGUGAUCUACCCCAGACUUUUGAAGUGUGUUGCUGUUGUGAACUUUUUAACACGUACUGGAAACCUAACCGAGCCAUGUCAGCUGACCUCAGUUCUUCCUUUCUUUUUGACCUUUGCUUUUUCCAGCAUACUCUGAAAUCUUUCUCUUACUACUCUUUCCAUUUUCUAUGAUGUCAGAUUUAAAGUCUUUGUCCCACGGCUGUUAUCUGUCCCAAUGUCUCUUGAUGGGAUUAAAGUACUUAUAAAAGACCUUAAGUGACACAUUGGAACUGGUAUUGGUACAUUCAAAUCUUGACUGUGUACAUUUUGAUAUACUCGACCCAAAAUGUGUCCUUUUAAUAUCAAACGCAUGCACUCUGUGGCCUUAAAAAGGUUAGUUUAAAAAGUGCUUCACAGACAUAAUCAGUGGUCAUGUUAAAGAUCUUGGGUGAAGUAUUGGAUUCAGUUUAAGGUGUCAAACUUCCUGCAGCAUGCAGCUUAAUGAGGUGGCCUUAGUUCUGUUAGAUAGUUCAUUGAUUGCUCCUUAUCAUUGAUAGCAUCUAUGUGAAAUAAACAUUUGUAACCCGUUAUGAAAUCUUCACUCUUUGGCUCACAGUCACAAAGUAAUCAUUUAGACUCAAGGAAUUGCUGUGGUUGAAUUAGUACAAACAUUGCUGAGUGCCUAGUGUAUAUCAUGUUCAAUGAAUAACCAAAUCAGCUGUUUUUGCAGUGUCAGCACAUUUGUAAAAGUGUUUCCUGUCAUAUUUUUAUAUCUGUGAUUUUAUAUAAAUGCUGUCGUCCUAAAUGAAGUAGCCAACUCAACACUGUUACCUGAAAACAGUCGUUCAUCUUUUGUUAUUGUGUGUCUAAAUGAAUGAUAACACUUUGAUUCUUCUACCAUUAACUUUUUUUAUUUUUUUAAACGGUGAGUUGUAUGUGCCAAUAAAAUACUCGAACCUGAA